CUCUAUGCUUUUUAGUCGCUCCCUUCGUCCGCCCCCCUUGGCUGCCUUGGCAGUUCACUGCGUUGAAUGCCUAAUUCCUUAGAUUAGACGUUGCAUCUGUGGCUAUUGCAGGCUACAAAAGCGACACUCAAGUGCUGUAUAAUACCUAUUGCUUGUAUAUUGCGUAAAUUUAUGCACUACAUUUGUGCGUGCAGUUCCGUAUCCGCGCGCACGCACGCACGCUACCGCGCCGGUCUCUGCGUGUACCGACCUUCGACCGGAGCGCUUAAUUUGUGGGCAAAAAUAGCGCCAAUAAAAAGAGACACCCGUGCCAAAUGGUAGUAGGAAUACUCCUCUCUCUAUUCGCAUCCAUGUCGUCCGCCGUGCAGGCUUUCCGCGAGCGCACGUUCGUUAUCGUCAAACCGGACGGCGUGCAGAGGGGCCUGAUCGGCCGAGUAGUCAGCCGGUUUGAGAAGAAUGGCUUCAAAUUAGUGGCUAUGAAGUUCCUUCAGGCUACCGAAGAAACGCUAAAAAAGCACUAUGAAGAGCUCGCUCAACGCCCGUUUUUCCCCGCCCUCAUACAAUACAUGCAGAUGGGCCCCAUUGUGAUCAUGGUAUGGGAAGGCAAGGACAUUGUCAAAAGGGCACGAGAUAUCAUUGGUGCCACUGAUCCACUGAAGUCGAGCCCUGGUACCAUACGAGGCGACUAUGGAAUUGCAACUGGAAGGAAUGUUGUUCACGGCAGCGAUUCCUUGGACAGCUCGAAGAGGGAAAUCAACUUGUGGUUCAGCAGUGCUGAGGUCAUACCUUGGCAGCAAGAGCUGGAUGACUGGCUGAACAAGGAGAACUAAGGCAUAUUUGCUGUGACACUAACCAUUUACCUCCCACACACAAGCUCUGACCCAAAGGUUGCGCGAUUGAAUCCUGGCCGCGGUGGCCGCAUUUCGAUGGAGGCGAAAUGCUAGAGGCCCGUGUACUUAGAUUUAGGUGCACAUUAAAGAACACCAGGUGGCAAAAAUUUCCGGAGCCCUCCACUACAGCGUCUCUCAUAAUCAUUUUAUGGUUUUGGUGUGCAUACGAAAUAUAUGUCCAUGCAAUUCGUAUGCACAGGAAGCAAGACAUAUUUAGGUGUUCAAACUCUGCUACUUGUAGCAAGCGAACAAAGUCAUGCUCCGGUGGGUCAAUCAUCAUGCUAGCGGCGGACAAGGGAAUUGCAGCGGUUUUGGAUGCAAAGGAGGCUUGUCACGUGUGUUGCUCUUGUUCAGCUGCAUGCCACUGUGGAAUCUGGCCGUUCGCAUUUCUUGUCUUUGUUUGGGUACAGCUGCCAGUAGGCGCCGCUACUGAAUGCGCCUCUGUUGGCACAUACUAUAUUUGUGACAUUAUCUGGUCACCCACGCACACCCGCGGUGAUGCGAGUUUCCCCUCCUCUAUAGUCUUGCUCUGUGACCAGAGAAUAGCUGAGGUCGUCCACGGCAAAAUGGCCUUAUUUCGCUUAAGAUGAUCGGAGCAAGUACACAUGCAUCUCUUUCAUGCACAGAUGGUGCUGCAAUACCGUAAUACCAUUUUCCACUCCAGUAAUACUAGGAAAUCUGAGUGCAAGCUGUGCUGGGAAGCCAGCUUUCUCCUAUACUUAACUACAAAAUUCUGUGUGUUCUUUAAUGCAUAAUGUUAGUUUUGAAUGCAUUUUUAAUUAUGUUUACUUGUGCCAAUUAUCUAGAGCAUACAAAGAAAAAUCGGUAAUUUGUGAAUGUUUCUUCAAAAAUAACUCGGGAGGUAAAGGUGUUAAGUGUAUGAGUAAUUUUUAUACUUAUGUUUCUGGUAUUUAACAUAUUUAAUUGUCUAUUAGAGCACUGCUGCUUAUUUCCACUUUUGUCGCAUUUACAUAUUUUGAAACAUUUCUUUUUUUGUUGUUAUUCAGUUGUUGGAACCAAUAUUGUAUUUUUUUUCUUCCAUCUGAAGAUUGUGCUCCUCUUCGGUGCCAUUUAUAAAAAGAAUUGUGUGCAAAUA